AUGCUCCUAUCCACUCACUAUCCACGAACCACCACCUCGCUCCACACUGUCUACGAACCACCACCUCGCUCCAUACUGUCCACGAACCACCACCUCGCUCCACACUGUCUACGAACCACCACCUCGAUCCACACUGUCUACGAACCACCACCUCGCUCCACACUGUCUACGAACCACCACCUCGCUCCACACUGUCCACGAACCACCACCUCGCUCCACACUGUCUACGAACCACCACCUCGAUCCACACUGUCUACGAACCACCACCUCGAUCCACACUGUCUACGAACCACCACCUCGAUCCACACUGUCUACGAACCACCACCUCGCUCCACACUGUCUACGAACCACCACCUCGCUCCACACUGUCUACGAACCACCACCUCGAUCCACACUGUCUACGAACCACCACCUCGCUCCACACUGUCUACGAACCACCACCUCGCUCCACACUGUCCACGAACCACCACCUCGCUCUACACUGUCUACGAACCACCACCUCGAUCCACACUGUCUACGAACCACCACCUCGCUCCACACUGUCUACGAACCACCACCUCGCCCCACACUGUCCACGAACCACCACCUCGAUCCACACUGUCUACGAACCACCACCUCGAUCCACACUGUCUACGAACCACCACCUCGAUCGACACUGUCCACGAACCACCACCUCGCUCCACACUGUCUACGAACCACCACCUCGCUCCACACUGUCCACGAACCACCACCUCGAUCCACACUGUCCACGAACCACCACCUAGCUCCACACUGUCCACGAACCACCAUCUAGCUCCUCACUAUCCACGAACCACCACCUAG